GAUGCAUGUGUGCCCACCUGGAAAUAUUCUCACUUGUUCACGGGUUCGAAUAAAAAGUAAUUUAUUUUAUUAUUAUACAUUAAAAAUUCGAUUUAACCUAAAAACUACAUAUACAAAAAUCCAAAAAUAUUUACCAAACUGCCACCCUUUGCUUCACAAAUUUAAUUAAAAUCAGCUAACACUCUUCCACUAUAAAUAAACCAAUCCACAUUGCAAAUUUGCAAUCAAGAAAACAAGAAAAUGGCAAAUGCAAGUACACGUGUCCUAAUCAUCUUCGCCUUAGCAUCCGCCAUCUUAGCAGCGGCGGUAAGCGGAGAUGCGGCGGCGGCCACCACCAUCUGCAAUGUCAGAUUCUCCGAGCUGGCGGAGUGCAUUCCGGCGAUCACCGGAAAGAACCCCGCGUGGCCCACCGGAGUGUGCUGCUCCGUGAUAUGCAAAGCCGAUUUGCAUUGCUUCUGUAAGUACAAAUCCGAGUUCGAAAAAUUUGGAGUCGAUCCUGCUAAUGCUUUGGCAUUGCCCACAAAGUGCGGUCUCGAACUUCCACGAGGUUGUAAGAAUAUGUAGUUGCGUUUAAAAUUCGGGUUUUCGAUCGUUUUUUUGGUAUUUGUAUUUUUAUUUUUAUUUUAUUAAUUUUGUUUGUUUAAUUUAUUUCUUGAUGAGGGGAUUUUUUAGAUCUUGUUGUAUUGGUUUAGUGGAUGUUUUGUAUUUUUAUGUUUCAGAAAUUUUAUUUUUUUUCCUAGUAGUUAUUUUUGGAUUGUCUUAAAUUGGGGUUUAUUUUGUACCAUUUGUGUUACAUACUAUGGGCAAAUUACGGAAACCCCCUGCUGUUUAAAUUACGAAAAAAUCCCCUCA